UGCUGUCACGCCCAGCCGCCAACGGCCCUCGGAGCUGAACCUGCGAGUCCCUGCAAGUCCCAUCUCGCGGACUGGGUCCGGUCCUAUCAGGGGAUUUUGUAUUCUUCUUUUCUUCAACAGGCAGCUCCAAGGCGACAUGCUUUUCACAGCAUUUAAACCCGCUGCGCCCACUUUCUUUGGCGUUCCUCCUCAGCACUGACAGCCAGGACGCCUCUCAAGCUGCAGCUCACAUGCAAGUCUCGCCAACCACCGCCUGUCAGUUGUCCGCCAAGAGCCACUAGCACCACCGCCGUCACCAGUCGGUCAACCUUUGUCUUUGCUUGCCUUUAUUUGUUCGGACUUUUCGCCUGCUUCGAAUCCCCGCCCCAGUUCUGUCUGGUCUUCCUUCUCCUUCUUUUCCUCCAAUUGAUAGCCCGACUGCUUGUGAGCUUCAUUUGCACCCCCGUCGUCCGUUCUGGCCCACGAUGGCUGCCUCCAAUCUCCCAGAAAUUCCCGUCCCCCAUGCCGAACUGGCGGCUUACGUUGCGGGGAAUCCCGGGACCCCGAUCACUGAGCUCCUGGAGCCGUACCGCGUCUUUGAGCAGGAGCUCCGAGGCUUGUAUGCCCAGGAGCCAGACCAUGAGGUCCUGCGGAACCCGCAUGUGAAUGUGCUGCCCCUGUUCGCCGCGUCCACGCCGGACAUCAAGGUUCGCGCCCGGGUACUUGAGAAAGAGUCUCAGGACGAGAAGGACCGCUACAUCAUGUCCCUCCCUGAUGAGCACCGACGUGCCGAUGGGUCUCCCGCCGUUGUGGAUUCCCUCAAGCGCUUCCAGGAGAACUUCAACAUAUUCAGCGAAUCCGCACUCGUCGACAUGGACUGGAACAACGUUGUCGUUUCCGGGUCGGCUGUUACGAGCUGUCUCCUGCCCGUUCCCAAGCAGUUUGCCCAGUCCAAGCGAGCGCUGCGCGAGUUCUAUCACGAGAAGUUCUGCCCCGCCUCUGAUGUCGACCUGUUCCUCUAUGGCCUCACCGAGGAGCAGGCGCUUGCCAAGAUUGCCGAGAUCGAGGGCAGCAUCAAAGACUCGAUCCUGACCGAGUGCACCACGGUCCGGACUAAAAAUGCAAUCACCAUAUGCAGCAGCUACCCCACCCGCCAUGUGCAAAUCGUACUUCGUAUCUACAAGUCUGUUUCGGAAAUACUCACUGGAUUCGACGUCGACUGCUCCGGGGCUGCUUACGAUGGCAAGCAGGUUUACUGCACCCCCAGAGCUCUGCAGUCGUUCGUAACGCAGAUCAACCACGUCGAUCUCUCGCGCCGUAGCCCCUCAUACGAGAACAGGCUGUCCAAGUACAGCCACAGGGGCUUCGAGGUGUACUGGCCAGGCCUUGACCGCUCGCGGAUCGACCCGACAAUCUUCGAGCGAAGCUUCCGCCGCACCCUCGGUCUGGCGCGCCUGCUGGUGCUCGAGCGCUUGCCUACCUCUUCCGCUCGGGAGCAGUAUCUCGACAAGCGCCGUGAGGAGAGGGGCCGGCCUGCAGUGAACCGUGGCUGGUCUAGCGGUCUCCAUGGCAAUAUCAAGGAGAGCCAUGAGGAUGAGGUUGCCGAAUGGGUGACUGAAGACGAAGUCUCCAACUACCACACUUUCACGAUACCAUACGGUCCCAAAUUUACCGCCAAGAGGAUCGAAAAGCUGUGCUACACCAGGGAUUUGCUUCUCAACGCUGAGUGGAAUCAACCUAAAGAACGUGAGGUAUACCUCCACCGUCACCCUGCCUUCUUCGGACGCUUCAUCGACGUCGCCGAAGACUGCUGUGGAUUCUGCCCGAAGGCUGUAACCGAGGAAGAGCUCGCCGUCGCCGAAGUAGAAGACAAGACGUACGUCUCGGGGAAGAUCUCGUUCAUCAAGGAUGACCCGGGCAGACAGGAAAUCGGAUCGUUCAACCCUUUGACCGACGACGACUGGACCGAGAUGGCAUAUGUGGGCAACACAGCUCGCUUGUGCCAGGCCAUCGUUGACGGUGAUGCAGAGCAUGUCCAGGACUGGCUUGCCCAGGAGGGAGCCGAUCCCAACAAGAGGGACCACACCGGCCGUUCUCCCCUGCACCUGGCCGCCAUGACCUCGACCCCCGAGAUUGUCCGGCUUCUGGUGGACAAAGGCGCACGCCUGGUUGCCCGCAUUGCUGACGGUCGGACUGCUCUUCACCUUGCCGCCGAACGGGGAAGCGUUGACAUCGUCAAGAUCCUCAUGGACAAGAGCAAUGAGAACGAAGCCGACGCAGAGGAAAAGAAGGAUCGUCAGCGCACUGCUCAGGGUACUGGAGCGAAUGCAACGGCUGAAGAAUCACAGAAGUCGGCAAAUUCGGAAGAGUCUCAGGGCGGGGGAAAAGAGAAAGAAGACGAAGGGGAGGAAGACGAAGAGGAAGAAGACGGCGAAUUCAUUGACGACGAGGACCUGUCCGACGAGGACGACGAGGGCCAGAGCAUGGCUACGGGUUCAUUCGUCAAGGUCAAGCGUGGAGAUUCCAAGCCAGGGACUCAAGACGUCAUCCCAGACGACGAGGGCGACGACUUUUACGAUGUCAACGUCAUCGCAUGGGAUACGCCGUGCUCGGCCCUCCACCUUGCCAUCAUCUCGGGCCACAUCGAUGUCGUGAGGCUGCUGUGUGAGGAGUAUGGGGCGGAUGUGCUCCUUCCUGUCAAGAUUCUCGGCUACGACUCUAAGCCAGUCGCUGCCCUGCUCACUCUCGUCUUGGCCCUUUCGCUGCCUGUUGACCAGGCUAAGAUCAUGACCAAGACACUCCUGGCCCUGGGGGCCACCUCCGCGCAGGCGGACCUAAAGCACAUGACGUGCUUCCACCGCUACGUCGCCAAUGGCGCCUCCGAGCUCGUCGAAGCCCUGUGGGAUCUUGAUCCAGUGAGGGCCAAGACCUCCAUCAAUCACCUAGCCUGGCCUGACCAUUGGAAGGCAGUCAGUCCUCUCCAGGCAGCAAUCCAGAACAACGACUCGCGCCUCGUGCUCAAGCUUCUCGACGCGGGCGCCGUCCCCGAUAUUGACUUUGAGACGUGGUUGAAGUCGGCCAAACAUGCGAUUGAGAACCGGCUAGGCACUGUCGAGAGCAACACGGACACCUUCCGGACAUCACUAGACCAGCCUCUGAUCCUGGCGCUGGAAUCCGCGGACCCAACGAGCGCCAUCGCGCUGUUGGAGCGCGGCGCAGACGUCAACACACUCACCCAGAUGUCUUGGAAUAUCCUGAAAGGGGGGUGGUGGAGGAACUACAACACAGGCGAGACAGCACUGGAUGUUGUUCGCAGGCAGAUGGCUCUCGUCCGAAAAUACGAGGGCGAGAAGCCAUGCGGGACGGCACCCCAACCGCUGGCAGGUGUCGAAUCUGCCCUCGAAGGGCUUGUUCCAGACACCUGGAAGCACUGGGUUGUGGCGCGAGCCGCUGCCGAUGCCCAAGCCACGGCCGAAUCCCGCCUCAAGUGCUACAGGGAUGAUCUGAAGCGAAUCGAGGCGAAAAAGGGGCGACUGGAGAAGAAGGAGACCAUCACUGAGAUUGCAUAUGCGCUGGAGAACGCUGAGGCGAUCAUCUUGGAGCGAGGCGGAAAGACCUUUGACGAACUACAUCCGGGCAUGAACGACCAGAACCGGAACCAGUCGACCGAACGCGAUUCUGACCAAAGGCAAACACCAUUCGAGUUCAAGCACUCAUUCUACGGCGUCAAGGACAUGACACCGGCCCGUGAAGUGGCCUAUGUCGAGCUGUUCGAAGCAGCAUGGUCCGGGAACCUAGAGAGAAUCAAAGAGCUUACGCUCGCAUCCUGGGACGAAGAGAAGCGCGAGCCCCCUCUCAUGGUGUCCGUGGAGGACUCGCAACGGAAUAACCUCUUUGUCACCGCGGUACUUCGGGGACAUCGGGAAGUUGCCAAGGCUAUCCUCGAGAUUGCACACGCCCAGUAUGCUCCGGAAGAAGUCAAAACCACCCGGUUCACCAUGGACCGGCCAGAGGACGACUCUGACUGCAGCAGCAGUGACGAGUCUGUCGGCGAGCAUGAAGACAAGCCGAAGAUCUUUGCUCGGAUCGUGGAUGACAAGUUCACUGUCGACAACAUCGGGGAGAUAUCGAUGCAGGUCAAGAGCCGCACAAAACCGCUCACGAUGCUCCUGGCUCCGGCCGUGCUGAUUGUUGCCGAUCCAAGGCAAUCCAAAUUGACCACACUUUUCGAGCACGCAAUCAGCGAGAACGACCUCGCGUUGUUGCGAUUCCUUCUCGACACCGCCAUGUCCCUCCCCGUGGAAAAGGCCGAAGAUGAGGACGAGUCGGCUCACUUCUUCGACUUCCCGCGGGAUGCAUUCGAGCAAGCAAUCAAGUCUGGCCACGUCGAAAUGCUCGGGGAGAUCAUCAAGCGGACAGGUGCCGGCCUACCUCUGGAGGAGAUGGUCAAGCAGAGCGGCGUAAAGAUGGAUGUGAAGCCAAGGUACUACCAAGGCCUCAGCGUGUACGGCAAGAAAAGGAACGACUGGGCGACGGCAGGCCGUGCCGUUGUCAGAAGGAACACGGGCAUCACAACCUCUCCGCUCCUUCUCGCCGCCGCCCAAGGGUCCAUCGAGUCUGUCGAGUGGUUCCUCAGCGACGCGCCCCUCAGAAACUAUCUCGAGUUCCGCGGAACGAAGGCGGCCCGCGAGGAUGCUCGGCUUAAACACUUGAGCGCAACCGCGGGCGGCUUUGAAAAGGCGGUCACGGCAUGGCUGCAGAACCAAAACGAGCUUGUCCUCCACGCCGCCGUGCUGAAGGGCCGGAGACUCGACAGUGUGAAACCGUUAGUGGAGUAUCUGGUCAAGACGUUCCCGGCGGCCACGACGACUAGGUCGAGCAAUGGAUACACUCCGCUGCACAUUGCCUGCAGACUGGGUCGCACCGAUCUCGUCGAGCUCCUCAUGCCCCAUUCGGACCAGACUGCCAAGGACCAUGACUUCAACAAUAUCAUCCACCUGGCCCUUGCUGAGCGCCCUCGGGCGGCGCAGCUCCGGCCAAUGCUCGAGCUCAUGGACGCUGGCUUGCGCAAGCAGAUGUUCAAGGAGCGGAACAAGCUUGGCUCCGGAGGCCGCACGCCUCUGUACGAAUGGAUUCACGUCACCAUCAAUUCGCGCUGGCAGCCCUUCGGGUCAUACAGUGGCCGCGACGAGGUGCUGGAAGUCAUGAAGCUCCUGUUGGAGUACUCGGGCGGAGAGGAGCUCGACAUGCUGGACGGCGCUGGCAACACGGUGCUCCACACAAUGAUUGUCAGACAGGCACACCCGGACCUGAUCAAGAUCAUCCUGGACCUGGACGCCAAGCUUCUCCACCGCGAGAACGCCGUCGGGCGGACGCCGGCAGAAGUCGCGCGCGAUGAGUUUGUUUCGUCUCGCAUCUGCGAGCCCCGGAGCCGGCACAACAAGUCGGUAUCAGACAUGGUCAACGCAGACUCGGACACGUUUGUUGAUCCCAAGGGCGAGCGGAUCACGGGCGCCAUGUGGGGGCGCGCAGGCAGCGACGAGGAGCGCAAGGCCGAAAUCUACAACCUCUGCCGGGCCCAUGUUGACGACAGCAGCCCUUCGACAUGCAAGCGCCGGCUCGCCAGCCUCGGCGAGGCCAACGACGUGGCCCGGCGGCUGGGCGAGACGUACCAGCCACAGCGCUACUACGGCACCAAGCCCAAGGCGGACAACGCCGAGGACGACGCAUCGGAGGACGGAAAUAGGGGUGGCGAUGGAGCUCGUGGUGCAGCUUCGGACUAUGUUUCCCAGAACAUGUGCGACUUUGGCGAUGCGUGGUGGGAAAAGAAGGAGACCGAGGAGGAAUCUCUGUAGUCUUUCAUUCCGAAAGCAUAGAACAAGCAACUUGCUUAGUUAGCCAGCACGGCCGGCCAGAUGAGAACAGCACUUCCGACAGUGUUGGACUGCACUCUUGUCCCUCCAUCUUUAUCCUCACCGAAUGGAGUCAAGGCUUUUCUUUGGGGAAAUUGAAUAGUUCAAAGGAUUUGGUCUGCCACAAGCCGCUUGAGCAGUUUCAUUCUGGACAAGAUGCAACAAGGUAUGCCAGAGCAGGUACAUAGAUACAUAGGCAAAGGACGAGGACGAGCAACUAGAUAACAACGGAGAUGUAAUAAAAUAGGAAGAAAAAAGGAAUGAAAAACAGGAACAGUUUUUGGAUAUGCAAAGCCUAGCUAGUAGGUCAGCCAGCACAAAACGCCCAAAGCCCAUGAUAGAUAGUUAGACUUGGCCUCUUUCGGACCACAACCCCCUUCCUGCCCGGGUUAUACAAUAGUCAACAGAGAGGCCUGGAGCAACCGCCCG